AUGUAUGUGAUGUACCUACACUUCGAUGGAUCGAGGAUAGUGGUAUACUGUAGAAGACUUAUACCAAUCUUUACUGCUGCUGCUAGAUGUCAAGAGUUAAAUAACGCAGAGAGUAAUAAUAAUAUUGUUAAAGAGAAUGAAAAUAGUGAAGUAACAAUUGAAAGUGAUAGUAAUAAUAAUGUUGUUGGUAGUGGCAAUCUUUUGAAUAUAGAGAAAAUCAAAUCGGCAUUGCUACAGAAAAUCAAUGAGGGUCAGAGUGGCGAUUUGAAUGAAGAUGGUCUGGCGACGUUAGUUUCUUCGCUCAUCGGACAGUUUGCUGGAAAAGUACAAGUCUUAGAGUCAAACAUUGAAAACAACGUUGGACAACCCGAUACACCUAUCACACCAAGACGUGCGUCCGACUCUGCAAUUGGCAGGGUGACCGUGUCGGAAGAGGUCGAGGUCGACGCACAGGAUCACGAGCAUCUGACGUCGGACAUCAAGAGCUAUGUAGACGAAUACUUUGACACUGCCUAUCUCGGUAAUGGCAUCGACUCUGUAGAGCUCAGCCAACAGGUGCAGGAAGUGGCGCAGCUCGUCGUCAACUAUGUCGCAACGCAGCGCGACCAGCGUCUCUACGAGCGACAGCUAGAAAUCUCACAGCAACCAAUCACAGCGAUGUUCGACGAGUUACUGAAACUCGACGUCUCUGCCGAUACCGACCAGAAGCGAGCGCUUUUUAUGCAGGCGUCACGCGUCAUUCUCGAAGAACCGCAACUUCUCAGAAAGAUGCAUCUCUGUAUGAACACACUGGUCAAUGCACACAACCAUAUGAUUACACUAGAGAAGAGACUGGAGACAUACAACAGAAACAGCAAUAACAACGAAGAACUUGUUGUUAGUGACAAAGUUGCAACAGAGAAUCUCAAGGAUUUCGUAGAGUUCUUACAGUACUUGUCGACCGAUCUCAUCAAUGAGAUAAGAGAGACUGAUGUGGUGACUACCACUAUCACAACUGGUGGAACUACAACAACAACGGUAAAGACAAUUAUUACAUCUGGUUCUGCAUCUCAACAACAACAACCACCAGUUGGAUUUGAACAUCUUGUUAUCGAUACACAGGGUGCUAGCGUUGACAACACCGCGACAACAGGCAACUCUACUGGCGGCCCAGCAGCAAGCAAGAAGCAAGCUUGGGGACCGGCAUCCGUAUAUAACUAUAGCGAGACGGAUUUGGUUGAGCUGAACAAAUACAAUUUCGAUCGUGCCAUCGAGGAGAAUGAGUUUGUGUGCGUGCUGUUCUACGCGCCAUGGUGUCACAGGUCACAAACUAUCACCAAGGAGAUCGAGGAGACCAGACGUAUCUACCGGUUCAACAAUAGCAAGGUUUUGUUUGCCAAGGUGAACGGUCAUGAUAAUAUCGAGAUUCGUGACAAACAAUCGAUCGGAGGAUACCCGGUGAUUCAACUCUAUCGUCGUCACGGUGGCAACGUGAUUCCACGCGGACCAACUCAUCCAUACUCUCUGGCUGCACUCAUCAGACGUUCAACUCUUCCACCUAUCGAACACAUCGAAUCGAUGGAGCAAUACGAGCAAUUCCUUAAGGUAGCAGGUCAUUCUUUCAUCGGUGUAUUCCCCAACAACGCAACGCUCGAGUAUCACAAGUUUGCAUUCAUCGCCAAGAAGCUAUCGUACAAGAUACCGAUUGGUUAUGUCAACAACACCGAACUAGCCAAAGAGAUAUUCACAAAGCAUCGAUUCUCUACACCAAUCUCUGGCAUCGUACUUGCCAUCCCACAAGAGAAUAUAUUCUAUCUUAAUAGAUGUGAUGUUCAUGAUGCACCGGGUGUAUUCAAAUGGUUAACAUUAACUCAACCAUCUGUUAAUGAAUUAACAUCAGAUAAUCUUUCAAAAUUAGCAAAUGCAAAGAAACCAUCAGUUACAUUGUUUUUGAAUUAUAGUAAUGAUAUGAUACAACCGAUAUUCGAUAAGCCACUAUCACAACACUUACUUGAUAUUUAUACAUUGGCACAUGAAUUCAAGACAACUUUUGAUAUUUAUUAUACUGAUGGUGUAUCAUAUAGAGACUUUUAUGAAAAAUUAGGUAUUACAAAGAUUCCAUCGGUGGCAAUCAUAGAUGUUAGAAAUGAGUCACACUAUAUCUAUCCAGCGAAUCAAGAUAUCAAUAUAAAUAAUAUAAGGAAAUUCUUACAAGACUUCCUCGAACACAAGCUUGAACCACAACAUAGUUCCGAUAGAACAACAGACUAUAGACAGAAACCUAGAUUCGUUUCGAAGGCAGUUUACGAUAACUUUGGUGAUAUCGUUUUAAAUUCAAAGAAGAAUACACUUGUUUAUUUUUAUGAACCAUGGUGUGGAUUUUGUAAGACAAUGAAUAUAUAUUUCGAAAAGGCAGCUGAAGAGCUUGUUAGUAAGUUUGGAAGUUUUGUACAGAUUCUAGAUUAUGACUGUAGUGUAAAUAGUGUACCGACCAUUAUGAAACCAAUCAUCGAUGGAUUUCCUCAUAUAUCGUUAUUCUUGGGUGACGACACUCAACACCCAAUCACCUACAACGGAAGUAGAAGUGUAGAGUCGAUCAUUCACUUUGUAAAAUCACAUAUAGAAAAAGAUGGUAGCAGUAAGAAGCCAACAUCAGAUAUAUUAGAACCACUCAUUGAUUAUCAAAAGAUAUCAUUGGAGAUGGCUGAGAAAGAAUUACAAUAA